GUAGCCAUCAAAGUUAUUGACAAGAAGCGGGCCAAGAAGGACACGUAUGUCACCAAAAACCUGAGGCGGGAGGGGCAGAUCCAGCAGAUGAUCCGCCACCCCAACAUCACGCAGCUGCUGGACAUCCUGGAGACGGAGAACAGCUACUACCUGGUGAUGGAGCUGUGCCCGGGCGGGAACCUCAUGCACAAGAUCUACGAGAAGAAGCGGCUGGACGAGGCAGAGGCCCGCAGAUACAUCCGGCAGCUCAUCUCUGCCGUGGAGCACCUGCACCGGGUGGGCGUGGUCCACAGAGACUUGAAGAUAGAAAAUUUGCUCCUAGAUGAAGACAAUAACAUCAAGCUGAUUGAUUUUGGUUUGAGCAACUGCGCUGGAAUCCUGGGCCACACGGACCCGUUCAGCACACAGUGUGGCAGCCCUGCUUAUGCUGCGCCCGAGCUGCUGGCCAGGAAGAAAUAUGGCCCCAAGAUCGAUGUCUGGUCCAUAGGUGUGAACAUGUACGCCAUGUUGACUGGCACCCUGCCCUUCACAGUGGAGCCUUUUAGCCUCAGGGCUUUGUACCAGAAGAUGGUGGAUAAGGAGAUGAACCCCCUGCCCACACAGCUCUCCACAGGAGCCAUCGCUUUCCUGCGCUCCCUGCUGGAGCCUGACCCCGUGAAGAGGCCCAACAUCCAACAGGCCCUGGCGAACCGCUGGCUGAACGAGAACUCCACGGGCAAGGCCCCCUGCCAUGUCACCUACCCCAACAGGAUUUCCCUGGAAGACCUGAGCCCCAGCGUGGUGCUGCACAUGACCCAGAAGCUGGGCUACAAGAACAGCGACGUCAUCAACACGGUGCUCUCCAAUCGCGCCUGCCACAUCCUCGCCAUCUACUUCCUCCUCAACAAGAAGCUUGAGCGCUACUUGGCUGGGAAAUCUGACAUCCAAGACAGUGUCUGCUACAAGGCCCAGCUCUACCAGAUAGAAAAGUGCCGGCCUGCCCAGGAACCCUACGAGGCCUCUCUGGACACCUGGACAAGAGACCUUGACUUCCAUGCUGUGCAGGUAAGAGCUUGCGGCUUAGCCUGCUGGGCUAGAGUGCUCCAGAGGGAUAGAGGGAUAGCCUCGUGUGUGUGUGUGUGUGUGUGUGUGUGUGUGUGUGUGUGUGUACACGCACGCCAAGCUUUCAGUUCUGUCUCAAGGCUUUCCAGAGGCAGAAUUUACUCUUCCUUGAGGUCUUUCUUGUUUUAUUUUGUUUUGUUCCUCUUGAGCCCUUCAGCUGUUCACACAAGGAAGUGAGAGAGAGGGAGGGAG